AUGUCUGAGGAGGGGUUGGAGGUGGGCAGGAGGGGCUCACACCCAACAUGCCAGGGACUGGUGCUGGGGGAAACCUCCUGCCCAGACUGUGCUGUGCUGGCUGAAGGCUCCUGGUCCUUUUGGGAGCCUUUGGUUGCCUCUCUCCAGCCCAUCUCCAGCACAGGGUGACCUGAGGCUGAGCAGCCCAGCCCGGGGUUGUUUGGGGUCUGUGCUUUUAUUUUGCUCUUUAAAUCUCUUCAUUGCCUCUUGCAAUCAAUCUCCCUUCAGAAGAGAGCCCAGUGCCUUGAAAUCACCCUAAGCCUGUUGCUGCUCGCAGCAGCCGCUUCCCAGAGGUUUAAUCCCAGCCAGGCUCCCUGCUGGCAUUCCCUGGCUGGUGGCAGGAGCCCUCCUGCUGCCCUUGCUUUGGCACCUCACCCCAGCUCCAUGGGGACAUCUCUCAGGUGUGUGCCACCUCCACAGCCCAGGCAGAGGAGCCAGGAUCCCUCUCUGGAACGGCCUGAAGGACUCAUGGAGCGGAGCCCUCCGGCUGAGGCCCGGCGCCUGCCGCGGCCCCCCAAGCCGCACAGUGCCCCGCCGGAGCGCCCCGAGCCCGCCCGCGGCCCCCACGCUGUCCUGGAGGGCAAGGUGAAGGCGCUGAAGGAGAAGCGGGGCGGGAGGCCCGGGACCCCCGCGGCCGCCCCCGAGCGCCCCUCGCCCAAGAAGCCGCGGCCCCGGCGGGGGAAGGCGGCGGCGGAGGAGCCGCGGGCGCAGCUCCGCACCUACCUGACGGACGGGCUGCUGGAUGGAGCGGAGCCCGCGGCCCCGGGCAGCCCCCCGGCACCCCGCACCCCCACCCCGGGGCUCUGGAGGGUCCCGGCAGGCCCCGAGCUCCCUCCGGACACGGGCAGCAGGUCCUGGCGCUCCGCAUCUCUCCACGAGAGACCCGCCCUGCAUGACGAGGGCCGGAGCCCGCUGCGGGACUGGGGGCGUCCCUCUGUGUCCCCCCCCGCGGCGGAGAGCUGGGAGAGGCUCUCGCUGGCUGAGCGGGUGGAGAGGAACCGGCGGCUGCUGCAGGAGGUGCUGGGCCUUGCCGCUCCCGAGAUGCCAGCGAGCGAUGGGGACUGGGACUCGGGGGUUUCACUGCAGGAUGCUGAGGGCUGCAGGGCGUUUGUCGGCGGGCAGGAGCUCGAGCUGAGCCCGCGGCACGAGCAGGCCAAGCAGCUGCUGCAGCGCGCCAGCCACGACAUCCUGCUGCUGCCCGCCGGCCCGCAGCCCAGGGAGCCCUGCGGGAGGCCGAGCGUCGCCCCGCGGGACGGCGGGAGCCUGAGCGACUCGUCCAGCGGGGACUCGAGCUGCGGGCGGCCGCGGCGGCCGCGGGGACCGUCCCCGUCCCGCGUCCGCUUCGAGGACGAGUCGGCCCGGGACGCCGAGGUGCGGUACCUGGAGCGGCUGCAGCUGCGGCAGCGGCGGGCGCUGGGCUCGGCGCUGCCCUCGCCGGAGCCGGCCGGCAGCAGGCAGCCCGGGGACGGCGCUGGCCAGCCCAAAGCCCGCACUGGCGACCUUGUGGCCGGGGGCAAGUGCAGCGCCUGCGGCUCCUUCCUGGGUGCUGCCGCCGGCCGGGGCACGGACACGCAAGCAGCCCCCGACGUGGCCAAAAGUAGCCCUGCGGCACAAAGAAGCGUCCCAGGGGAUAGCAGAGGGCUGAGCACUGCCCAGACAGAGCCUAAAAUCAGGCCUCUGGGCCCCGGGGGGUCCCCGCUGUGGAUCCUGCCCUCCCGGCAGCGCAUCCACACCGAGAAGAUCAAGGAGACCUACAUCGGGGAUGUCACCUACAUUGACGAGGUGGACUCCGCCCUGGAGAGCACUGACACAUCCGACGGCUGCCGGACGGACAGCGAGGAGGCAGGACCCCGCAGCCCGCACCUGCGGGGGCACCGCGACCCCCGGGCCCGCGGGCACAGAGCUCCCCGUGCUGCCCUGCAGCCGGAGGCAAGGGCCAGGAAAGGGACGUGUGUGGCCAGCGGUGGCCCCGAGGACGGGGACUCGGGCCCGGGGCCUGUUUGCCCCCCAGCACCAGGAAGAACUAGCAGCCGGGAAGAUGGAGAACCCCAUCGACAUCUGGGGGACAGCAAGGGAGUGGGAAACAGAGCUCACCCCCUGCAGCAGCCCAAUGAGCCCCUGCAGCCUUCCUCGCAGCUGGGGACCAGCACCCCCAUUCCCGGCACGCACGUCCCUGCUCCCCCUCCUACCAAGAAGGCCUGUGCCCAGGUGCCUUGCAGGAAAGCCCUGUUCUCCAGCAGCAGCCACCAGGCAUCGAGCCAAGGAGUCCGUGGCCAGCAGCCGGAUGCUGGCAGCGCCUCUCCCCCGCAGCCCGGGGGCACGGCGGGGCCGGCCGAGCGGCGGGGCCCCUGCAGCCCCAGGUGGCUCCCGGGGAGCCCCCUCCGUGCCUUGUCCACCAACAACUGCAACAACACCCACGGGCAGAACGCCCCGGGGACGGGCAGAGGUAAGAGACCCGUGCACAGGGUGCCGGGGAGGUCCCCAGUGAAACAGCUGUGUCACUGCUCUGUGGUUCCAGGUUCACUGUCGCACCCUGCUGCCGGCCCUGUCACCCCCGUGCCCGCAGAGGCCGCUCAUCCUGCCGGGGAAGGUGCUGGGAUGCCGGGAGCGCCGCCGCAGCAGCACCCGGCUGCGAGCACAGCACAUGGGGAGCCGGGGCGGCCAGUGAGCCGCAAGGGCAGCAGCGCCUCGGCGUCGGGGCUGAAGAAGCUCCUGUGCAGCCUGAGCCAGAGCACCAAGCAGCGCCUGGGCCGCUUCCGCUGUUACAGCAUGGAGCAGCUCCCGGCGCCCGGCGGCUCCCCGCCAGGCGGCCCUGGCAUCAAGAAGUCACCGUCCCUGCAGUCCCUGCAGCUGGUGUCACCCUUCUGCCAGCCCCAAAAAGCUGCCUCUAUCCAGAGCCUGCAUCCCCAGCUGGGCAAGGCACGCCGUGCCAGCGCCUACCUCCUGCCACAGAGCACGGCUGACAGGAAGGAGGGCGCGGGGCCGCAGCGCUCGCUGAGCGUGGAGGACAUCGGGGCGCCGGGCCAGCUGCGCGCGGUGGGGCGCGUGGUCGAGGUGUUCCCUGAUGGCACCAGCCAGCUGGAGCUGCAGCGACCGCCCCACGGCGCCUUCGGGUUCUCCGUCACCUCCGGCCACGGCCGGCCUGACACAGGUGUCUACGUGCAGGAGAUGGCGGAUGCCGGCACAGCCAAGCUGUACGCGGGGCUCCUGGGCGUGGGGGACGAGAUCCUGCAGGUCAACGGCGCGGCCGUCUCGGGGCUGGGGCUGGCCCGCAUCCGGCAGCUGCUGCUCCGGGCCGACAGCCUGUCCCUGCGAGUGCUCCGGCACCGCCCCGCGCCGCGGUAGCCUCGGCACGGCUCCUGGCGGCAGGAGGGGGAUGUCCCGGCGAUGGGAGAGGGACGGUCUCCCAGGGAUGUCCCAGGAUGCUGCAGAAUGGCAUGGCACGGACCAGGACCUGCCCAGCUGCACUGCAGUCGGGGCAGGUGGCUUUCCUUGUCCUCAUGGGAGAGAAUGUGGGACCAAGGACCCCCCAGAGUCUCCGGGAGCUGCCCAAGUGUGGGGGAAAGGGGACAGCCUGGCCCCAGCGGAGAUGGAGGGGUCUGUCCUGCUGGGCACUGGGUGACCAGCACGGGGACACCCCAUCUCCGUGACCCCAGGAGACAGAGGGCUUCCCGCCAGCACUGCCACCUUGUGCUGGAGGGCUGGUGAGGUCCUUUUAAAUUAUUUCAAACUGAAACACAAAAAUACAUCUCUGCAAUAACAAAACACGGCUUAUGGCAUGGAGGGGCUGGGGUGGUGCUUGCUGCCUCUGCUGCUUGUUUUCCUGUGGUUCUGCUGCUCCACCAGCCAGCUCCUGACCGUGCUGUGGUGCUGGAGGGGCCCUGGGCAGGUAGAUGGGGGCUCAGCCACCUGCAGGGCUCCUUGGGGAUUUUGAGGGGUUCUUUCUUCCAGCCAUGGAAGGCAAAACAUGUCCUUGGAGUGUCUCCAGCAGCAGUGGCCCUCUGCAUGGUGGUGUCCCACAUCUGGGUUUACAGCUGUCUGCAACAACCCCACAUCUGGGCACAGCUGUCCACAAUGCUGAGGUGACCUCAGGAACUGCAGAUGCUGCUUUUACCUCAAAAACCGGGAUGGUGAUGCCUGGCAAAUGCUGGUGGGAGAGCUUUUCCCACUCCCUGGUGCCAGGAGACCCCCAGCUCCCAGGAGCAAGAGUCAGGCAAGAAGAAGUGGAGAUCUGCGCUGCUGCACCUUUAUUUAGUGUUAAAGGGAGGGGCAUCACAGCGACAGAAAAGCAAAUGUACACGGGAAAGGGACCAGAGACACUCGGGUGGCUUGUGGUGAUGUCAGCAGCUGGGCCACCCCCUGGACUACCAAAGGAGUGGUCCUGCAUGGGAGUCAUUCCCGAAGGAUGCACAACCAGCGGGGAUCAGAGGUAUGCAAACAGCAGCCGGCAGCGAGCCCUGCUCCCUGCCCAGACCCGCACUCCUGGAAUCCUGCUCUUGGAGAGGUACGGAACCACGGAGUGGUGCAGACACUGCUACAGCCGGCCCUGGGAAGCAGUCACCACCUAUUCCCUGCAGGGAUGCUCUGCAAGGAUAAGGAGCCGCUCCAGUCACGAGUGCGGGCGGGCGCCGAGGCACCACGUGUGCGUUACUGAGGAGCACCCGGGCGGGCGGGGAGGCUCCGUCCGGCCCCGCCCGGCUGCGGAAGGCACGGAGCCGCGGCUGUGCACCCAGCGCCUGCGGGAGGGACAGGGGACACGCAGACCUCGCAGGGAGACACGAAGUCGGGGGGGAGGAGUGUUCAGUCCCGGAGGUAAAGCCAUCCGGUGGGGGGGAUGAUUUUGGGGGUGAUUUGCAAUUUCAGCAGAAGUCUUUGCGUCAGUGCCAAUUAACUCCCUCCCCCAGCCCCAUCUGGGUGCCAUAAGCCAGCCUGUGCUGAGUCUUUUCAUGUUUGCGACUUAAAAUACGGGAUCAGACUGGAGUGAAAAACCGUUUUUGCUUUCCUCAGGAGUCACACACUACCCCACAAUUGGUGCUUUCAGCACGGCCCCUCUGCCUGUUCCUCCACAGUGACACUGCCCAGGUGAGCUUUUUUCACCACAUUUUUGGUAUUGCCCACCCGGCUACGACACAUUCCCUGUAGGGAAUCUGACACUGCUGAGACAACUCGGGUGACAAACAACUGGGAGGCAACAAAAGGACUGGAAAGGAAACAUGAUCUAGCUUUGAAUCUCCUGCCUUUUGGUUGCUUACAAUGGAGGUGUCCAAAAAAUAGCGGCUGGGAAAAAUUAAAGACAUCCUAUUUACAAGUUCAUAUACACUUAAAAUACAUCACUGAGCACUGUUCCUCUGAUCAUGCGUGUCAAGCACCCGCAGAGAGAACGUGGCUCCAAUGGUCAUCAAAAAAAUCUUUAAAGUUUUUUUUUCCUUAAGAAAAAUAAGUUAUUUUAGACCUGACAAAUCACUUGCCAAAGGGAAGCAGCUGUUAAACAGAAGCAGUGACUCAGUUAUACAAGGGCAAAGAAAGCAUCAGUCAAUGAGCUUUA